CAUCCAACUUGACUUAAUUAUUCAUUUCCCACUUCAUUGCUACUUCUUUCCACCCUUUCAUCUCUCUCCCUCAGAUCUCAUCUCCAUUGAAGCUUCCUUCAAAAGCUUCAAUGGAGCUUCCCUCCUGCAAAUCUCCAACACUGAACACCAUAAUCCUACCGCUGAUCGCCUUCACGUUAAUCUUCCUCGUCGCCUUCUCUCUUCAUCGCCCUCUCAUCACCACCGCUCCGCAGAACAUCGCCGCACUUUGCGCUGCUAAUCUCAGUGCAGCCGAAAGUAUCGGAGCAGCGAUUGGCGGCGCUGGUCUCCGGAAGCCUCCGGCUCCGGAGAAGUGUGAUAUCUUCGCCGGGGAAUGGAUUCCGAACGCGGAGGCGCCGUAUUACACGAACGAGACUUGCUACAGCAUUCAAGAGCAUCAGAAUUGCAUGAAGUAUGGGCGGCCGGAUUCGGAGUACUUGAAGUGGCGGUGGAAGCCGGAGGGGUGCGAGCUCCCGGUGUUUGAUCCUCGGUGGUUCUUGGAGCUUGGGAGGAAUAAAUCUUUGGCGUUCGUCGGAGACUCCAUUGCCAGGAACCAUUUCCAGUCGCUUGUCUGCCUCUUAACUAGAGUUGCAUAUCCUGUUGACAUUUCAAACACUACAGACGACAACCGGAAGCAUAUGUUAUACAAAGACUAUAAUUUCACUGUCAGGAUGUUUUGGUCGCCCUAUUUGGUCAAGACAGGAACAACCUUUUCUGAAGUCAACACAAAGCCCUUUGAACUAUACCUAGACGAAUUUGAUGAAUCUUGGACCUCAGAAAUCUCCACCUUUGACUACUUGAUCAUCAACGCUGGCCACUGGUUCUUCCGACCGACCAAAUUCUACCUAGACUGCCAGCUCGUCGGCUGCCUGUACUGCCCAGAGCCCAACCUUACCCACUUGACUGAAGACUUCAGCUACAGGUGGGCUCUAAGGACGGCGUUUAGGGCGAUUAAUAGCUUGGAGAGUUUUAAGGGAGUGACAUUCUUGAGGUCUUUUGCCCCACAGCAUUUUGAAAAUGGGGCUUUUGAUCAGGGUGGAGCAUGUGUGAGGACAGAACCAUUUAAGAGGAAUGACACAAUUCUGGGGAAGUUUAAGAUAGGUAUGUAUGAUAUUCAGAAGCAAGAAUUUGCAGUGGCAGUAAAGGAAGGGAGAAGGAAGGGGUCGAAAUUUAGAUUGUUUGAUGUAACACAGGCAAUGUUGUUGAGACCAGAUGGGCAUCCUAAUGGCUAUGGUCAUUGGCCCAAUCCAAACGUGACAAUGUAUAAUGACUGUGUGCAUUGGUGUUUGCCAGGGCCAAUUGAUACAUGGAGUGAUUUCUUGUGGGAGUUGCUGAAAAGGGAGAUAGAGGAUGAAUAACAGAGGUGAACUUGUAUUUUUGUCUUCUUUUUAGUCUUCUUGUCUACCAAAGUUCUUAGGGGUGAAAUCAGGAAGUAAAGAAGUUUCCCCGUCUAAUUUCUCAGUUCUCAAACUGUAGCAAAAUGUAUAAUGGUUCCAAAAUUUGUUUACCGGAAAUUGCACAUUCAUUAACAACAAAUUCAUGACA